AUGGGCCGCGACGAAGCUGCUUUGCGUCGUAGGCGACGAGAGGCUGCGCCUCCCUUCCCUUUGAGCCUUUCGUCGCCUUCGGAGAAGCCGCGCCUCCUUUCCCUCGCGUUCCCCAUCUCCACUUUUCAAAUCCCUUCCCUUCUCCCUCUCUUCCCUUUCGAUCUCCCCUUCCCGCCUCCCCAUUUCCCCUUCCCGCCUCCCCAUUUCCCCUUCCCGCUCCCCAUUACCCCUUCCCGCCUCCCCGUUUCCCCUUCUCGCCUCCCCAAUUCGCGUUUCCGCCUCCCCGUUUUCCCUUCCCGCUCCCCAUUACCCCUUCCUGCCUCCCCGUUUCCCAUUCCCGCCUCCCCAAUUUCCCCUUCCCGCUCCCCAUUACCCCUUCCCGCUCCCCAUUACCCCUUCCCGCCUCCCCGUUUCCCCUUCCCGCCUCCCCAAUUUCCCCUUCCCGCCUCCCCAUUUCCCCUUCCCGCCUCCCCAUUUCCCCUUCCCGCCUCCCCAUUUCCCCUUCUCGCCUCCCCAAUUCCCGUUCCCGCCUCUCCGUUUCCCCUUCCCGCUCCCCAUUUCCCCUUCCCGCCUCCCCAUUUCCCCUUCCCGCCUCCCCAUUCCCCCUUCCCGCCUCCCCAUUCCCCCUUCUUGCCUCCCCUUUACCCCUUCCCGCCACCCCAUUUCCCCUUCCCGCUCCCCUUUACCCCUUCCCGCCUCCCCAUUUCCCCUUCCUGCCUCCCCAUUUCCCCUUCCCGCCUCCCCAUUUCCCCUUCUCGCCUCCCCAAUUCCCGUUCCCGCCUCUCCGUUUCCCCUUCCCGCUCCCCAUUACCCCUUCCCGCCUCCCCGUUUCCCCUUGUCGCCUCCCCAAUUCGCGUUUCCGCCUCCCCGUUUUCCCUUCCCGCUCCCCAUUACCCCUUCCUGCCUCCCCGUUUCCCAUUCCCGCCUCCCCAAUUUCCCCUUCCCGCUCCCCAUUACCCCUUCCCGCUCCCCAUUACCCCUUCCCGCCUCCCCGUUUCCCCUUCCCGCCUCCCCAAUUUCCCCUUCCCGCUCCCCUUUACCCCUUCCCGCCUCCCCAUUUCCCCUUCCCACCUCCCCAUUCCCCCUUCUCGCCUCCCCUUUACCCCUUCCCGCCACCCCAUUUCCCCUUCCCGCCUCCCCUUUACCCCUUCCCGCCUCCCCAUUUCCCCUUCCCGCCUCCCCAUUUCCCCUUCCCGCCUCCCCAUUUCCCCAUUUCCUUCCAGCCCUCCCAUUUUAUUCCAGCCCCUUCCAUCCCUUUCCAGCCCCUCCCAUCGCAUCCCCAUGUCGUGCCACCCUGUCUCUCCCUUCCCUCUCCAGGCCACCCUGCCUCUCCCUUCCCUCUCCAGGCCACCCUGUCUCUCCCUUCCCUCUCCAGGCCACCCUGUCUCUCCCUUCCCUUUCCAGGCCACCCUGUCUCUCCCUUCCCUCUCCAGGCCACCCUGUCUCUCCCUUCCCUCUCCAAGCCACCCUGUCUCUCCCUUCCCUCUCCAGGCCACCCUGUCUCUCCCUUCCCUCUCCAGGCCACCCUGUCUCUCCCUUCCCUCUCCAGGCCACCCUGUCUCUCCCUUCCCUCUCCAGGCCACCCUGUCUCUCCCUUCCCUCUCCAGGCCACCCUGUCUCUCCCUUCCCUCUCCAGGCCACCCUGUCUCUCCCUUCCCUCUCCAGGCCACCCUGUCUCUCCCUUCCCUCUCCAGGCCACCCUGUCUCUCCCUUCCCUCUCCAGGCCACCCUGUCUCUCCCUUCCCUCUCCAGGCCACCCUGUCUCUUUCCAGCCCUCUCCAGGCCACCCUGUCUCUUUCCAGCCCUCUCCAUGCCACCCUGUCUCUUUCCAGCCCUCUCCAUGCCACCCUGUCUCUCCCUUCCCUCUCCAUGCCACCCUGUCUCUCCCUUCCCUCUCCAGGCCACCCUGUCUCUCCCUUCCCUCUCCAGGCCACCCUGUCUCUUUCCAGCCCUCUCCAGGCCACCCUGUCUCUUUCCAGCCCUCUCCAUGCCACCCUGUCUCUUUCCAGCCCUCUCCAUGCCACCCUGUCUCUUUCCAGCCCUCUCCAUGCCACCCUGUCUCUUUCCAGCCCUCUCCAUGCCACCCUGUCUCUUUCCAGCCCUCUCCAUGCCACCCUGUCUCUUUCCAGCCCUCUCCAUGCCACCCUGUCUCUUUCCAGCCCUCUCCAUGCCACCCUGUCUCUUUCCAGCCCUCUCCAUGCCACCCUCCUUUCCUACCGCCUCAUUUGUUCCGUCUACAAGCUCGACUAA